AUGAUCAUCCCGGGCCGCGCUCUUCUCACUCGGUCCAUCAUCCGCAAUGUGCAGAAUCCAGCCCUACAAGUCCAGCCCUGCGGCGUGGAUCUCACCCUCAAACGAAUCCUUACCUGGACAUCACCUGGAAUAAUCGAUCUUGACAACCAGCGUCGCCAGACCGCGUCAACCAAUGAAAUCCCCUUCCUUGCACCAAGGAUCCUAUCUCGUCGAAUUCAACGAAACAGUUCCGUCCCUCUGGACAUGAUGGGCCAGAUCUUCGUGCGCAGCUCUUUGUUCCGUUCUGGCGUACUGCUCACCACCGGCGUUAUGGAUAGUGGCUAUGUAGGCGCAGUUGGGGCCUUGAUGCAGGUGCUUAACCCCGCCGGACUGAGGGUGUACCCUUCUGCGAGGCUCGCGCAGUUUGUAUUCCACCAGAUGAGCGAGGAGGUAGAGGGGUAUUCAGGUGUUUACCAAGGGAGGACGGCACUCUAA